UAACACAGGCUCAUGAGAACAGGCAGGAAAUUCAGAAAGUGAAAGAGUUCAGUCUGUUCAGAGUUCAUUUAGAGCAAGAGGAGGAAACUGGAGGCUGAGGCAGGACUGACUUCAGAUCAGAAGAUGAGUGAUUUGGAGAAAGAGGAGGACGGAGCAGAGUCUGUAGUAUCUGACUGUCUGUCUAUGACGAAUGAACACGGACCUGGACCUUCAGACAUAAAAGAGAGGAAGAGGAGUGAUGUUUCUGAGGAGGAGCAGCCGUCCAGAUCCAGAACCAGAACUGGACUGCAGACAGCCAAUCAGAGCAGCUCUGAUCAAAUGAAUGUUGGUCAUCAGAAACAUAAGAUCAGGCUGAAGGAGACAUUUGAACGUGUGACUGAAGGAGUUGAAACAGGAAGUAGAACCCUCCUCAACAGGAUCUACACUCUCCUCUACCUCAUAGAGGGACAGAGUGAAGAGGUUAAUACCCAACAUGAGGUGAGGCAGCUCGAGACAGCUUCCAAGAAGAAGACCCUCCAUGACUCUCCAAUCAAGUGCUGUGACAUCUUUAAAGCCUCACCUGGCCAACAGAAACACAUCAGAGUGGUUCUGACGAGCGGCGUCGCUGGCGUUGGAAAAACCUUCUCAGUGCAGAAGUUCUGUCUGGACUGGGCCGAGGGUUUGGAGAACCAAGAUAUCAGUCUGGUGAUUCCUCUUUCCUUCAGGGAGCUGAACUUGAUCAGAGAUGAGCAGUACAGUCUUCUGGAGCUGCUCCGUGUUUUCCAUCCAACAUUACAGGAGGUCCCAGCAGAGCAGCUCGCUGGCUCUAAACUUCUCUUCAUCUUUGAUGGCCUGGAUGAAAGCAGACUUUACCUGGAUUUCAACAACAAUGAGGCUGUUUCUGAUGUCACACAGAAGUCAUCAGUCAACGUGCUGUUGACAAACCUCAUCCAGGGGAAGCUGCUUCCCUCGGCUCUCGUCUGGAUAACUACCCGACCUGCAGCAGCCAAUCAGAUCCGUCCUGCGUGUGUUGACAGGGUAACAGAAGUACAAGGCUUCACUGAUGACCAGAAGGAGGAGUACUUCAGGAAGAGAGUCGGUGAUGAAGAGCUGUGCAGCAGAAUCAUCUCCCACAUCAAGACCUCCAGGAGCCUCCACAUCAUGUGUCUGAUCCCAGUCUUCUGCUGGAUCACUGCUACAGUUCUGGACCACAUGUUGACUACAGACCAGAGAGGAGAGCUGCCCAAGACCCUGACUGACAUGUACUCACACUUCCUGCUGGUUCAGACAAAGAGGAAGAAGCUCAAGUAUGCUGAGGGACAUGAGACGAGUCCACAGGAGCUGACGGAGGCUGACAGGGAAGUUCUUCUGAAGCUGGGGAGGCUGGCGUUUGAACAGCUGGAGAAAGGAAACAUCAUGUUCUACCAAGAAGACCUGGAGCGCUGUGGUCUGGAUGUCACAGAGGCCUCGGUGUACUCAGGAGUUUGUUCAGAGAUCUUCAAAAGAGAGAGUGUGAUCUUCCAGAAAACAGUCUACUGCUUCGUUCAUCUGAGUGUUCAGGAGUUUCUGGCUGCAGUCUACCUGUUCCACUGUUACACCAACAGGAACACAAAGGUACUGGAGGACUUCCUGGGACCAGACUUCAAGCAUAGAGACUCAAACGUCUCAAAAAAAACCGUCCCAAAAUCUUUUCUCAAGAAGAUUUUUAAGUCUUUUGGAAAUAAAGAUAGCCAUGAUGAAAGUGACAAUUACCAUUACCCAUCUCUGGAUGUCUUUCUGAAGAGAGCCAUGGAGAAAUCCCUUAAAAGUAAAAAUGGCCACCUGGACCUGUUUGUCCGCUUCCUUCAUGGCCUCUCUCUGGAGUCCAACCAGAGACUCUUAGGAGGCCUGCUGGGUCAGACAGACAACAGUCCAGAAAUCAUCCAGAGAGCCAUCAACAACCUGAAGGAGAUGAACAAGUAUGGGAUCUAUCCUGACAGAAGCAUCAACAUCUUUCACUGUCUGACGGAGAUGAAGGACCACUCAGUCCAUCAGGAGAUCCAAGAGUUCCUGAAGUCAGAGAAAAGAUCAGGGAAGGAACUCUCUGAGAUCCACUGUUCAGCUCUGGCCUACAUGAUGCAGAUGUCAGAGGAGGUUCUGGAUGAGUUGAACCUGGAGAAGUACAACACAUCACGGGAGGGACGACAGAGACUGAUUCCAGCUGUGAGGAACUGCAGAAAGGCUCGACUUUCUGGCUAUUACCUUACUGAGAGUGACUGUGAAGUCGUGGUCUCAGCUCUGAAGAACAACCCCUCCCAUCUGAGAGAGCUGGACCUAAAGGGGAAACACCUGCUGGAUUCAGGAAUUGAGCAACUGUGUGCUGGACUGCAGAGCCCAAACUGUAGACUAGACACUCUGAGAUUGGGGCGCUGCCGUUUGUCAGAGACCAGCUGUGCUUCUCUGGCCUCAGCUCUGAUUGUCAACCCCUCCCAUCUGAGAGAGCUGAACCUGAGUGACAACGAGCUGCAGGAUUCGGGAGUAAAGCUGCUGUGUGGUUUUCUGGAGAGUCCACACUGUAGACUGGAGACUCUGAGAUUGGUGCGCUGCAGUUUGUCAGAGAUCAGCUGUGCUUCUCUGGCCUCGGCUCUUAAGUCCAACCCCUCCCAUCUGAGAGAGCUGGACCUGAGUGACAACGGGCUGCAGGAUUCAGGAGUGAAGCUGCUGUGUGGUUUUCUGGAAAGUCCACAUUGUCGACUGGAGACUCUGAGAUUGGAGUUCUGCAGUUUGUCAGAAAUCAGCUGUGCUUCUCUGGUCUCAGCUCUGAAGUCCAACCCCUCCCAUCUGAAACAGCUGGACCUGAGAUACAACACGCUGCAGGUUUCAGACGUGAAGCUUUUGUAUGAUCUUGUGAAGAGUCCACACUGUAGACUGGAGACUCUGGAGGUGAAUAACAGAGUAUACAGGGCUGCACCUGACAGACAUGAAGGAGAUCCUUCCCCGUCAAAGACAAACCUUGAUGUGUCUGAGGACAGAAGAGAGGACCAGCUGUCUCCUGAUGAUCCAGAGAGGUUGGAGCAGCAGCAGCUUGUGUGUGGAGAGGCUCCUGAUACAAAGGAAAUGUUACAUUUCACACCUGAGCUGCUGACUGAGUCUGGAAAGACUUCCUACAGGUUCAGGUGUCCUGGUCCAGGUGUGUUCCAGUGUGCUUUGACUGGACUGGUGUUUGUUACGACUCAGGAGGCGGAGCUGCUGUACAACACUGUCCAAUGGGAUGAGAGACUCCUCCAAUCAGGUGGCAGGAAGGCUGCAGGGCCGCUGUUUGACAUCAAGUGUUCAGAGGAUGGAGCAGUCUGUCAGCUCCACCUUCCACACUGUGAAACAAAGGAGGCGCUGCUUGUUGAUGGCCUGUUGUCUGUCGUCCACAUCACUGAUGAUGGGAUGAGCAUCUUGGAGCCGCUGGAGAUUACAGACACUCAUGUGGUGGUGAAGGUCCCUCACCUCUCUGCCUUUGGCCUGAUCUGGGAUUUCGUUAAAAGAUUUGUGAACAUCUUACUGCCAAUAGAGGCCCAAGUUCUGCUGUUCCUCCGACCUCCAGACACGGAGCCUCGAGUCCUAGAUGUUCUACUGCUGCCCCGCAAUGUCCUUCUAGAUGAGGUUGAAAAGAAACAAAGCGGUGCUAAACACAUUAGGAUCUCUUCCAAAUGUCAACUCAGCAUUGAUCAAAGUUACAGUGUCCACUGUGAACCUGAUGGCUUUAAAAUACAGCCUGAGCAUGAAACAUUUAGCUCAGACUAUGGACCAAAUUACCAUCCAACAUUUGAAGUUUUCCUGGAGACGAUCCCAAAGAAGGUGACUUUGAUGGUCCAGGACCGAGAGAGGACAGAAGUCUGGAGACGUGAUGUGUCUUUGAAAGGUCCAACUGGGCUAAAUCCACAGAGGAAUGUCCCAGCAGAGGACAGCGUCCCAGCAGAGGACAGCGUCCCAGCAGAGGACAGCGUCCCAGCAGAGGACAGCGUCCCAGCAGAGGACAGCGUCCCAGCAGAGGACAGGCUGAAGCGAGUUCGGAGACAGUUUGUAGACCGGGUGUCUGAUCCUGUUCUGAACCAGCUUCUGGAUCAACUCCUUGAGCGUGGUGUUAUAACUGAUGGUGAAAUGCAGUCAGUCAGAACAGGCCGAGCAGACAAAGCCCGAGACGUGAUGGACACGGUGAGAAGAAAAGGAAGUUGGGCCAGCUCAGUUCUGAUCUCUGCUCUCUGUGAGGUGGAUCCAGUCCUUUCCAGAGAGCUGAGAUUAAUGUGAAGAACCAAACUGUGGAGAGUUGGGAUGGAUCUCUACAAUAACUGACUGGUACACAUUGUCUCUUUGAAAUGAAAAGCUGUUAAAGUCUGUUUUUAAUAAUAAAAACCUGGUCUAAAGUCA